AUGGAUUCCAAGUCAGCUGCUAUGCUGCUGCUACUGCUGCUGCUGCUGAACUGGAGCCACACUGAAGAGGCAGGGAGCUGGGGUGAAGACCAAGUCUUUGCAGAAGAAGAUAAGGGACGCCACCCACCACAGUAUGCCCACACUCCAGGCAGGAUCCAGACUCCUGGGUCCCUCUUGCGUGUUCUGCUCCAGGCCAUGGAGACACCUAGAAGGAGCCCAGCAUUCCUGUUUCAGCCCCAGAGGUUUGGCAGAAGUACAUGGGGGUCCUGGAGCAAGGAGCAGCUAAGUCCGCAGGCCAGACAGUUCUGGAGCCUGGCUGCUCCUCAGCGCUUCGGGAAGAAGUAGCAUCGUCUGCUGUGAUGUCUGCAUGCAAAACCACUUCCCCACGUUCCCUGUGUGCCCCCAAAUAAAAAUGGUCCAGCUUCUGAAUUCCUGUGUUUGGACAAGACUUUCAGGGAAUGGGUGGGAGCCCAAGGGCAACAGCUGUAGCCCCCUUCACCUCCACUCAAUCAGUCUCCAGCCAUGCUGCUGUAAGG